GUUGCUAUGGAAACCAGUAAACAAAUUUUCGGUUGUCACGAGUAGAGUGUAGCAGACUCCGUUUUUAUUGUCUAAUUUUAAUUUUCAAUAAUAUUUCAUGUUUUAAUUAUCCUGUGAUUCAAGUAAUAGUUGAAAUGUUGAGGUGCCCAAAUCUACCUUUGUUACCCGAGUAUUCUAUCAAUGAUAAGGUCGGUCAAUCUCAGUUCCACAAGUCGCACCACUUUGACGUGAAAGAUGUUGCCUACCUGUCAGACAAAGAGAAGCCCGGAAUUGUCAGUCGAUACCCCGCCAUCUAUGCUAGGGGAGAAUGUCCCACGGUCCCCGCUUGGAUAACGUAUGACCGUCAGGUGUUGAAAUUCAACGCCUACUUUCAAGAAAUGAUACAAGAGGUGGCAGGCUACAACCAUAUUGUGCGCAAAUGUUUCAUCUACUUCUUCCUGGAAGAUGGCACGAUUAAAGUCAUCGAGCCCAAAGUACCUAACAGCGGAAUACCUCAAGGAUGCCUCAUGUCUCGACAACGUCUGAGACAUCCUCACUCAGAGGAUUUCUACGACAUAAUCGACUUGAACGUGGGAAAAUCGGUGGAAUUUCACGGACGGGUGUUCAAAAUCACGGACUGUGAUCACUUCACGCGCACCUUCCUCAAUCGACUCGGAAUUCCCGUGCCGGAGCGUCUGGAGGCGCCUUUUGAUCCCUAUACUCGUCACAGAAGUCUCAACGAAGACUCGUUCCCGAAGAAACCGCACGUUCAGGAGAAAGCUCCGCUGCGGAAACUGGCCGACUUGGACCGGAAAGUACUGAACUUCUCGGCCUACUGGGACGACCGUCACACUCAGUUCGGACAAUUGCAUCUGUUGCAAGUCAGGUAUUACCUGGCAGAUGAUACGGUCGAGGUCAAGGAUGUCACCGACAAGGAUCACUCUUUCCUGCUUAUGCAUCGUGAUAAGUUGCCCAAGGAGUACCGUGGCAUGCCAAUAACCCCGGGUGACGACCGUCCCGUAUCCGGCACGUUACUGAACGUCGUCAACACACAGUACACACACGACCGUCUGCUAGCCGGUGCGGACAAACCGCAGACGGCUGCGGCUAAAACGCAGACGGCUCCGGGAGACUACUACAAGGACUGCGAUCUGAGGCUGGGGGCUGUAGUCAACGUCUAUGGCAGGAAAGUGGUGCUCAUUGACUGUGAUAACUUUACCAAACAGUUUUACAAGGCCAAAUACAGCAUUGAUGACUUCACACCUGUGCAGAGACCUCUGACCGACUCCGAGCUAGCCGAGAGAGAGAAUAGAUUGAGAGAGCCAACUGCUCUGCCACCCUACAAUGGGUUCGGAACCCACGAAGAUUCGGCCAUCAACUGUCGAACCGUCUUUCCGUUUCCACCCAUCAAAAACUAUAAACAAUUCUAUGAGAAGGACAAAGUUGGCUACGACAGUCAUGUGCUGCGUUUUUCGGCCCGCCUCAUAUCCAACAAACCAGACGACUCUAUCAGAUCGUUCAUACUCAGCUUCUAUUUAUCUGAUGACACUAUAUCUGUGUUUGAAGUCGCUUGCGAGAAUUCAGGUUUCAAGGGAGGCAUGCUGAUAUCCCGCCGCAAAAUCCUGAAACCUGGAGAAAUGUUGUUCUCCAGCCAACCACCACAGUGCUACGGAGUGCAUGAUCUCUAUGUGGGGAGUGAGCUGGAACUGGAAGUAUUCAAAUUCCAGCUGACCAGUGCUGAUGAGUAUGCACUGCAUUACAUGGAGAAACGCUCCAAUGAGUUUCCGAAAAGCAACUCCAGUGUAAUAGUGAGUAAACUAAGGGAGGCGGUGAGACCAUUCUACAAGGAUUUCGUGGCCAAACAUCUAAUCGAUCAACGCAUUCCGAUUCUCACUUUCCGACAGUUCAGGGAUGCCAUGAAGAGUGUCCUGGGAGACUGUAUAACCGAACAUGAAAUUCUCACUCUUGCAAGACAUUACGCCACUGAAGAUCAGACUGAUCCUCUACCAAGUGACUUGCUCAGAAGCGUAAUCCAAUGCGAACUAAAACGUCUUCUCUUCAACUCGUUCGAGAGAGUAGAGGAGUCGUUCCGCUACCGUGAUCCUGACUGUACAGGGUUCGUCAGCAAGGAGACCGCCUACUGUGUGCUGAGGGGAUGUCGUCUCCCAUUGGAUGUCACCAUCAUCAACCUCCUCUUGGACAAAUGCAGCACCAGCUGUGGAGGAGUUGGAGCGGUGGAGGGCCAGGUCAGCUGGGCUCAGGUCAUGAGCUGUUUGGAUUACAAGACAAACCCCGCCAAUAAUAUACAGCCUGUCAAUAUUCCGCAAGUAAUGUCGUACAUGGCACGCCAGAAGCAGGUGACAGCUAGACCGGUCGACUUUGUGCAGAUGGAGAAACUUAUCAACGAUCUCAAUUUGGAGAAGAAUUUGACUCAACAAGUUUCGUAAAAUUCUUGUUGACCUCAAGAAAAUUUAAAGAAAAUUAUUGGUCUCAAAAUCUCAUACAAGAAUAGGCUACAAGAUCUCAUUCAGGAGUACAUUGAUCUCAUACAAAAAUUAAAGAUCUCAUACAAUAAUACAGAUCUCGUACUUAAAUGAACAUUACAAUCAAAAUUAACACAACAGAUUUCAAUAAAAAUCUGUCGAAUAAUAAACAUUUUACUCUCAUGGAAGGGGAUUCAAAUUCUGAUUAUUGUGAAUCGAAUAAGCCAUUUAUUGUUUCGUCUUAUGAACUAAUUAAUUGAACAUUCGUUCAGAAAAAAUAUUGUGUUGGAAUCAAUGAAUUGUGAUGAGAAUAGUGUAGAAUUCAUACCUUCAAUAAUAAUUAUAAUAGAAAAACAAAAUAUUUUUUGUGCUUAUCAAUGUUAAUAAUUCAUGUAAUUCUUCAACCAUUCAUUUUUAUAUAUAUCAUUGUUGUGUAGUCUUUUGAAGAUUUACGUUAAAAUUUCCUGAAAUAUUCAUGUGUGAUUUUGAUUUCGUGUGAAGAAAGUUAGUGUCGAAAAAUAUGAAAAUACAACUCAUUAGAUUAUUAAUAAAAUACAAGUUCCGUGAAUGUUUCUAUGUUUGAAAUUGUCUGGUUCUAACAAUAUUGUAUAAUUUUGAAUGAUAGCUUUUCAUUUUAUUGUGCCAUAUUCUGUUACGAUUAUGAAUAAAUUUCACUGACUGUCUGAAGCGGCUAA